CAUGGGCUGGUGAUGGCCCCCUUCCGCGGAGAGCUCCAGGGCGCUGCCUGGAAUACCCAGGCCCUCUUCGCUCGGAAGCGGUCCCGCCACAUGGCCAAGGACCACUACGUACGACGGCUUUUCCGCGAUCGGGACUUUGUGCUGCUGUCCGAGACCCAUGGCCUGGAGCGCGAGGGAUUGGCGUGGGGUUGCCCAGGAGACAGCCGGGCAUGGUUCUCCCCGGGCACUUCGCGCAGAGCCGGAAUCGGCAUCGUGGUCAAGUCAAGUUUCCUCCAGCAGUUCGACUCGGAGCUGACGUCGUGGGAGGAGCUGGUCCCCGGGAGGGCUGGCGUACUUCAUCUGGCAGGCCCGCGAAGCGCGUUGGAUUUGUACUCCGUGUACUUCACUGCCGGGUCGCACGCCUCAGGCGUCGUGCAGCCCCGCGGCACCACCGCCCAGGACGUCUCCGAAGCGCAGGCUCGCCAGCAGCGGGAGGCCAUGCGAC